AUGCCAUCGCAUCUCCGGAUUGACACCUCGAACAACGUGCUAGGUGGUCCCUCAUCCGGCUGCAGUCUGUCUUCCAAUUUCACUCCAGUCUCUGCUCGCAGCUUUCGGAGCAUCUCGUCUGCGUCUGCGUUGUCCUCCGCAUCUGCUGCAUCUCGCAAGUUGACUGAACGGUCAGCUUCCAGCAAGGGGGGCGUCACAGUGUCGUACGCGUCAUGCUCGCCUGCUCAGUCAGACGACGAAGACGAUGAUGGGGCUUACGAGUAUGUUCUUGCCAUGCACGACUUUGUACCGCAGGCGCAGAACGUAACAUGUCUCGCCUUUCGAGCCGGCCAAGUUAUCCGCGUGCUCAACCGGGACCCGAGUGGUUGGUGGGAUGGCGAGCUAGACGGGCGAAGGGGCUGGUUCCCUAGCAACUACGUGAGUUCCGACGUUGGACUGCUGACGGAUGAAGAACUUCCGAAGACGAAACGCCCCCAAUCUAGGCACGCGGCAUCAGUAUCAGUCGCAUCCGCCGCGUCGUGGGCGACCGGCGUAAGUUCCGCACCAGCGCAUUCGCAGUCAUUCGCGAGGACAGACCAUCGCCCAAUACCAGGAGGAAGGGACGGAGGGGAUCCUUAUUGCCCGCCGCUCAUGGUCCCACUUCUUCACGGGCUCUCUCUUCUGCAAAACGCUGCCAAGACGCUCCGGGCGGCUCAUUUCCAGCCAUCCACAGCGUACAUCAUUUCAUGCGUGCGCGCGAUUCUCUCUGAUGUAGGUUGCCUCCCACGUGAUGCUCCCGUCCUACGGCACCACGGAAUUCUUGCCCAAGAGCGGAAACGCAUUCUGUCCGACCUCGCAUCGCUCGUGUCUCAAGCGAAGAGAGCAUCGGACGAUACUACGAAUGAGGACUUGCGCGAGUUGGAGGUGCAGGCAAUGGUGCGGCUGGGUGGCCAGUUAUUUGCACACGUGCGAGGAUUUCUCGCGCUCCUCGUGCAGUGCGAUGCCAGUCUGCCAGUGCAAGGAGUGCGCAUGCCGGGAUCGCCACUCGGAAUCCCCCGAGAAGGUCAAUGGCUCAGCUCGGAUGACACAGCGGUCCAUUCCAAUGAUACGGGCGCGAAGAACAAUGGUCAUCAGGCGAAGGGCGCGCUCAGUAAGCCACGCAGUGGAAGCGAACAUCGUCCAGCCGCACGAAAAGCUGCAUUGCCGACGAAGUCUAAGCCCUUCCGCGCGAAGAGCUUAGGGGAUCUCAAGGCGCAUAAGCAGACAGCUAUUGACGCAGAUGUGACACAGAUGCCUCUGGGUCCUCAUCACGAGUCGCUUCCUGCCAAGGGAGCCAAUCGUUUCUCCGUUGCGUACCCGUCAAAGCAGUUGGCAGAAGAUGCCGCCGCUCGCCGCAAGGCAGGGCAUCGGUCCAUCAGCAGUGGAUCGUCCUCGUCCUCGCUUUCCUCCGAAUAUUCCGUCGCGCUCGCCACACCGUCCACGCCGGCUUUCCCAGCAGGCCCUGCCACCAUCGCGGAGGUAAUGGAGGUGCUAAAGUACACGCACGACCACUAUCUGUCCACGAUUGCUGCAUUCAUUGGACACGUGCACUCGUACUCGCGCUCAUCGCAUGCCUCGAGCACAGGCCACAUGUAUGACCUCGUGCGCGAGGUGGUCGAUAUGGUGUGCAAGUUGCUCACUAUCGUUGAUGCGGUCCUGAAACAUCCUGGUAUUCCGUCGCAAAAAGCGGAGCUCUUGAAGGUCGCGAAGGAGACUUUGUUCUCGAUUACGAGCAGACUCGCUGACUCCGUGCGCCUGCUAACGAUGCCAGCGGCUCCCGAUCUGAACGAGGAACGAGAAAGGGACGCGCUUCUGAAAGCGGCAACUGGAACGUUGAAGGCUGGAUCGGAUUGCGUCGCUGCCGUCAAGAAGUGUCUACAGCGGUCUACAGGACAGAAACCCUUCAUCAUUCGUCUGCCCUUGAUUGGUGACUCGACCUUGUCAUGCUCACCGCGCAAGUUCUCGAGCCAAGAGGUUUCGCACGGUCGGAGACCGAGCAAGGCGUCAAGUAUGUACGAUCUGCGCGAACGAUAUGUGGCGAAGGAUGUCAAGGGAGAUGAAGAGGAUGUAGUCCUGGAGGUCAAGGAGAAGUCUGUGGCAGAUGCUACUGUCAAAGUGGACGGGCAGUCCACGGACUUGCAGAGCCAACCGGAUUUGCCCAACCCCUGGCAGACGUCUGAAAUGGAUGAGCUGACCAGUCCGAGGUUCCGAUCCUCGGUGGAAGAUAAGCCACUGCCUCCUCUGGAAAUCUGCACUCAGCACGUCCCGCCUGAUCUUUUAUCCCCUGCAUCGCUGGCACAGACGGACGAUGACAGGACGACAUGGGAGGGAAGCCAGCAGUGGUCCCAUUCUCCGAUGUCAUUCGAGGAGAAGUUGGUGAAUGGUAGUCUGCCUGCAGUUCCCGAUCAGAACGUCCCUGAGGUUGCACGGAGCACCACAGUGGCAUGGACGCUGUCGCACGACCACGCCGCCGAUGAUGUGGCGUACAACAGCGAGGGUCAGCUGGUGGGCGCGACGCUGGCAGCGUUGGUCGAGAGGAUGACACCACAUGACACCCUAGUAGAGCCUUCCUUUGCCGCCGUGUUCUUCAUGACAUUCCGGCUGUUCACGACACCCGCGGAGCUCCUCGAGGUGAUCAUCGUGCGGUACAACACGGCGCCUCCGCCAGGGCUGCCGGAGGCGAAUGUCCGCUUCUGGCAGCAGCGUAAGGGCCUACCUGUGCGGCUACGCGUGCACAACUUCAUCAAGGCCUGGCUGGAGAUUCACUGGCGUCCGGAGACGGAUAAUGUCGUGUUGCCUACGCUAUUGAACUUUACGCACGAGGGGCUAUCGUUCAUGUUUCCCCAUCCGGCGCAGCGAAUCUUCGAACUCAUCGGACAGUGGCAGAUGAAGGGUGGUGAGACAGCGGCAAGCACAAAGGUUGAGCGGGUAUCGAAUGUCGGCAUCCCCACGAUCCCCCAUACUGUGCCGCCUUCGGAGGCUCCUCGGCCUGUCAUAACGAAGGCGCUGCUGAAUGCAUUGAAGAACGGAAAUUUUGGAUCGGUUUUCAUUACCGACUUCGAUGCGCUUGAGUUGGCGAGACAGCUGACAACAGUGGAGUCUGCGCUCUACUGUGCGAUAAGGCCCGAGGAGAUACUGGAGAUGGGACAGGAGAACGCGACGUAUCCUGUGAAUGUCAAGGCGGUCACUUCGCUCAGCACGGCGAUCACCGGGUUUGUUGCCGAGAGCAUCCUGAAUGAGUCUGACACGAAGAAGAGAACCGCCUUGGUCAAGUAUUUCAUAAAGGUGGCAGAUCGAUGCGUGUCUCUAAACAAUUUCAGCACUCCGCGGUCGAUAUUGGCUGCUCUGGAUUCGUCGACCAUCUCGCGACUCCAGCAGACGUGGAUGGGCUUGCCACAGAAGAACAGAAUGCAGCUCGAGGCGCUCCGGAAGCUCGCUGAUCAUGCGCGCAACUAUUUCCACUACCGAUCGCGGCUUCGUAACACAGCGCCUCCUGCAGUGCCCUUCCUUGGUCUAUACCUGACGGAUGUGACUUUCUGCCGGGAAGGGAACCCAUCCUUUAGAACUUCGCCCAAGUCAGCUGAUAAGAAACUGUUGAACUUCAACAAGUACCACAAGCUGGCGCGUAUCGUGCAAGACAUGCAACGCUUCCAAUCCCCGUAUAAUCUCAAGCCGAUUUUAGAAGUGCAGGAAUACUUGCGAGACGCGUUUGAGAAAUCCUCACGUCGAGGCGACCUGCAAGAUCUGUACCGUCGCAGCCUGCUGAUAGAACCGAAGCAGCCGGCAGAUACCCCUCCCACUAGCGACGUGCGACAACUAUUCAAUUGGGCAAGUCGCUCACAGUCCAACCAUCCUACUCCCACUCCGAUGUCAUGA